AUGCGUCAUUAUGAUAUUUGGAGCGACAAAUUCAACGAGCUCAGCGAACAGAAGGAAGAUCAGUCUAAAGAGGAAAUGCAAAUGUUUAUGGAUAUGGACUCUGAACUAGAGUCAACCAUAGAGGAUCAAUCGUUUGGAGACCCACAACAACAACAUCUAAACGAUUCCUACAGCAUAAAGCUGGAAGAGACACUCAAUCAGACUCUAAUGGCGGCCCAUAAUAAUGGCCAGAACAGACGCAGCAAGGUGAUUCAUCUGUUUCCAGUUCCUGUUGAUGGUGAAUGCUUAUCGGAUGAUGGUCGUCGAUUGGGCAAUUGUUUCAAUGCCUAUGAAUGCCGACAAAAGGGUGGCCAGGCCAAAGGAGAAUGUGCCAUGGGAUUUGGAGUCUGCUGUGUAUUUGUGGCCAAUUGCAAUGCGACCAUAACAAAUAAUAUCACUUACAUUGUGUCACCGAAUUUCCCCAGUUUUAUGCCCAGCAAUUUCAGUGGGUGUAAUCUGAAGGUGAAAAUGAUGGGCGAGGAAAUUAGUCAAUUAAGGAUCGAUUUCUAUCAUUUUUCACUGGGACAACCGAAUCGAAGGACUGGCGUAUGCGAUGGCGAUGCAUUUAGCAUUAAUGGAGGACCAGGUGGUGAAUUUUCCAUAUGUGGUCAGAACAGUGGUCAGCAUUUGUACUAUGAUGUGGGAGCACGAGCCUUGCCUCGACAAUCCGGAACUUUAUUUGGCAGUCUACGUCCCACUUUGGCACCCAAUAAUGUCAACGUAACGAAUGUCCCAGCAGCAGAUCAGCUAAUUGACAUUAAUCUGAAUCUCUCGAAUCGCUUUCUGCCCAUAAGAUUGUGGGAAAUACGUGUGGCCCAGAUACCAUUUAGUCAAAGAGCUCCAGCUGGUUGUUUGCAAUAUCAUACAGGAACUGAGGGCGUUAUGCAGACCUUUAACUAUGCCGAAAAUGGACGUCAUUUGGCCAAUCAGCAUUAUCGUAUAUGCAUGAGACAGGAAACCGAAAUGUGCUCGAUAAUGUAUCAGCCAUGUGAUGAGCAAUCAUUUAGAAUUGGUGGUGGAGGUGGAGGAGGAGGAGGAGGAGCAGGAAUAGGAAUGAUGGGUGUCGUAAAUCCAACGAAUAAUGUUGCUGCAGCCUCUACGGGAAAUAAUGGUGUAACUGCUUCAUCCGUUGCCCCAGGAACUUCAUCCAUGUUGAGCAAUAAUACCGCAACAACAACCUUAAAUAAUAUGACCAACUCCUCCUCUACAACAUCGUUAAUGCAAAUGAUGAACGCCAAUGCCAGUUCAUCUGCACCAGCUGCCGAUGAUCCUUCUGCUGCUUCGUCUGCGUCAUCUUCUUCCAAUGCAGCGAGCAUGUCCAGCACAACGCCCAUGCCCCAGCGAUCCAGUACAGUGGCAGCCACCACGUCCUCAUCCACUCCGGCACCAGCCAAUGAUGAUGUCGAGGGGUCGGGUGGCAACACAGACGACGAUGAUGAUGAUGGUACCUUUAGUUUCUUUCGUAGUCCACCAACAACAGCCCUACCCGGUGUCUCCAGACGACCAAGGCCUGUUGGCGGCGUCUCUUCUAGUGGUGGCUUCGAUCUGAUUGGUUUUCUGCGAAGUGCGUUUGAUUUGCGUUUACGUCGUCGUCGACGUACAAGUCGUCAGGCCAGACAAUUCUUUAGCACUUGUACGGAUCGUAUAACUAUGCCGUGUAUCAUUGAGGAUUUCAUUGGAACUGGUCUGGGACCAUUGCCCGGCUGUGAGCCCGUCCAUUGUGGCGCUCAAUUUUGUUCGACCGGCGUCUGGCCCUGCCGGAUUGAGAGUACGGUGACACCAUUUUAUAUCGGAGUGCAUUUCGGUGAUGGCAAUGCGGCGGGCAAGGGUAGUCCAGAGGAUAAUAUCGGAGCAUGUCUGCGUUAUUCUCAGGUUCAGUGCAUGUGAA